GCUCGUCGAAAAUGAAAGAUUGCCCAAUUCGAACUAAAAGUUAAUCGAUUGUUGGUACUAUCAUUUUAUUUUUAUUUUUAGUCCAGCAAACAGUAAUUCAGGUUUCCGGUGCUAGGUUCUGAUACGCGCUGAAUCUUCCGCAUCGCAACAAACUGGACUCCCUUUCGAGACGAACCGGGAGCGAGCCACAGAAUACUUCCGGAAACUAAUAACCUGGUCAUCCGGGCAAUACGUAAUGCAGUGGCGAACACCAAGCUACGCAGAAACCCCGAACUUGGAAGUCCAAGGCCCCGGAACCAGGUUGCAAGUCAGAUCCGAAGACGAAGACAAAGAUCCGACAGUGCCACCGCCACCCCCGAAGACGGUGGAUUUCGAGGCAGACGGGGAUCCCAUGUACGGGAAGCCGGUGGCCUACGUGAUGGACCCGCACGAGGACAAGCUCAACGAGCGGAUCGAAGCCAACGGGGUGGAGAUCUGGGAGAGCAACCCUUGCCAAUGGUACAACGCCGGCUCGGAUUCGCACCCGAACAAAAAGCGGAAGAAGCACUGUAACGACGCCAAGGAGCACCUCGAAAGAGCCGGCUUCAAGGACGGCGACAGCUCUCUCUGCCCCAAGAUAGAUGGCGCCGACUGCUUCCAGGUUAAAGACCACUUCAUGUCCGGGCGCUGCUACGCACGGGUUAUCUCCCGUGACAACUUGCACCACUACGUUCUCAUGAACAACUGCGUCCGGGACUGGAUGAAGACCAAACACAUCCGCGGGACGGAAUGGCCGACGGCCAACGCGAACAGCACCGUGCCUGCCACUCCUGAGGUACCCCAUGAGCCGACGGACAUAAUCCCCGACGGAGACCCGAAGUACCGGCAACCCGAAGAACGCUCCGACGAUCCACCCGACGAUGUCCUCAACCGCGAGAUGAAGGUCAACGGACACAGACUCUGGUGGAGCAACCCCUGCCACGAGUACGGUAAAGACACGCACUCCGACGAAAACCACGAUCGGCGACAAGGCUGCCAUAAGUAUGCGCAGGCCAUACACGACGCCGGCUUCAAGAACGGCCAGUCGAAGCUGUGUCCGCAGAUUGACGGCGCCGAUUGCUUCCAGUUCUUCGAGAAGGAAAAAGACAGCCGGUGCUACGCCAAGGUCAAGGCACCGGAUGGUCUCAAGUACGUUCUAUUCUAUAGUUGCGUCCGCGAUUGGCAGAAGCAAAAUAACCUCACGCACGAGGCGAAACUGAUCCCCGAAGGCGCGGGCUACUACAAUCAACCUGAAUUGAAGCCAACUGAUCCGUCCGAUGAAGAGAUGGAUCAGGAUCUCAAGGUGGGGCACACGACGAUCUGGGAGAUGAACCCUUGUCGCUAUUUCGCGCAUGUCGAUUGGGAUGAUGAUUACAAAGAUAUCGAGGACGCCCGACGCUUGGAUGAUUGUCGCAAUGCGGUGCGGUUUAUGAAGGAGGCCGGUUUUGCGAAUGGGAAGUCUAAGUUGUGCCCGCAGAUCGAUGGAGCGAAUUGUUUCCAGUUCAAAGAUUUUGUCAAGUCGGGGCGAUGCUAUGCUAAAGUCAACACGGGAAAGGAGAGGAAGUAUAUUUUGUUGUACGACUGCGUGAAGGACUGGCAGAAGGAAACCGGUGGAAGUGGCGGAAGUAACGGAAGUAACGGAAGUGACGGAAAUAAUGGAACAAGUACAGAUGACGACUACUACUACGACUACCUGUCUGAACUGUCCGGAACGUCAUCAACAGGAAGUUGAAUAAAAUGUAAAACAAGAUCGGAGGGGGGGUCAAAAAGAAUACAUUAAAUUGAAAUUCAACUCUAUAUACAUUUAUCAAUUGUAUUGCCUAAAAUUAUUCAGGACUCUUCGAUCGAAAUUAAGAAAUUCCCAUAAACAUAGGCAAAAUUAAAAACCGAAAAAUUUUGGAGUCAAAUCACUUGAACCAAUAAAUUGGAAAAAUUUUGAGAA